AUGGCCGCCGAAAAAUGGCGGUCGCGGUGCGUGAUUGGUGCAGCGCUUCUAGCCUGCAUGGUACAAGUUAUAAGUGGUCAGUUUCAAGGAACCAGCGGGCAUGCUGAACAACAAGGCCUAACACCUUCAAAAAUACGACGCAGCCCUAACUACGACUAUGAUAUUAGACCUACAACACUAUACAACAACGAAGACAAUAUUCUAGAUGAAAAGGUUUUGGAACCUAGCAGAGAUACCAGAUCUAUAAACGUAGAUGUAAUUCCAUCGAGCAAUGACAACGAGAUAGACAACGAAAUUAUUAUUAAUAGACGUAAAUACUACGAUAUAACUCCGACGAAGACAUUAGAUUAUUACAGAGAUGAUGAUCCUAUGAUCCUAUCAUCAGGGUUCGGCGAUAAGCUAGAUUUUAAGUUUCCGGGGGAAGGGAAGAGGGCUCUGAAGGGGCGUGCACUAGCACCUACAGAGCCCAAAAUGCGGCCCACUGCAGUGCAACCUCUGUUUGCGACAGCCCUUAAGGAAGAAGGUAGACAGAACACUGAAAUACAGAAUAUUAUUACCGGUAUAGUCAAGUUGUUAAAUGGCAAUGUUAAUGUUCAAGCAAAUUCACAGCUCUUGAAUGGUAGGCCUAGGCCGAUGGCGUCUCGUAUCAACAAUCGUGGUCCGCCGCGAAUUUCGGACGUGCCUUCCUUAUCCGAUUUCGAUUCUGUAACUCCGCCUCACUCGUUUAUCCCCACCAAAACUCCACCUCCGUAUCCUUUCGAUAGACCUCAUGGUGUCAAUUUACCUGAUCAAAUUGUACCACCUAUGAAUCGGCCUUUCCAUAACAGACCGAUACCGCCGUGGCAGAGACGUCCACGGCCCCCAAACAGACGGCCCAACCCUGGACUGCCAAUUUACAAACCGCCUCCGAAUUAUGAGAAAGAGUCCAGUGAAGAGCAUUCAGAUAAUGUAGUACACCACGAUGAUAUAUCUCAUAUAGAACUAACAACUGAAAUUAAAAACGUUACUGAAAUUGAACAAGUAUCUAGUACUACUGAAGCUGCCAAGAUAUCAACUACUACUUUGGAAAUAACUACGGAAAAAGAUAUACCGAAAUCGACUACCGAAAAAGAAACGACUACCACACAGCAGAGCACAACAGAAAAGCAAACACCAUCAACGCAGAAAACUACCAGUCAGAAGCCAAUUGAAACCACUCCAGAAAUAGAAAAGACCACUCAGAAAGCAACGACGGAGAAAAUAAAAACUGAGAAACCUAAGGAGAAGGAUAAAAAGAAAGAUUCGUUCGUCGCAGAUAAGAAAGAUAAAAUUAAAUCAGAUGCCCCAGAUAAGGUUGCGAAUGAAUCAUACGCUGAAGUGAUUCAGUCGUCCAUUACUGAAGUGAAAAAUGAAGGUCCCAUAACACCAACAGAAACUCUCAGUGGUAACACCGCUGCGAUUGCUUCUUCAACGGAUCCUGUAAUCGAGAAAACAUCUAUUAAUACCCAACCUAUACCAACAUCUCAGGGUAUACCGUACCAGCCUUACAGACCAAGACCGGGUAUAGUCCUGGACGAUACUGAUUUCAAACCGCAUGGAACCAGAUUCAGACAGGAUGUAUCAGUGAUAACAGCUGAGACACGUCCACCAGGGUACGGAGAGAUCUUCGACGUGACUGUGUCAGCGAUACAAGGUCCUGGUGAAAAGGGGGGUUCAGUCCACAUAGAAAACAUAAAUCUUCACCAGCAUCACGAUGACAUAAUUGUAUCGCCAUCUGGUGAGCAAGGAUUCGUUUCGAUAGAUGGAAAACGGACGUACCUGAACCUCUUCGAUACCAGCACCAGCAUCAGUGCUUCUAAAGUCCAGACACCACAACCAACUGUGCCCCCACAAGCAUCGCUGGGGCCAGCAUUGGGAACGGGUGUCGCUAUCCCAGCGGAUGAUGAGCAGCAGCCGCCGAUACGACGACCGCCUGUACAUAGGCCUCAACAGACAUACAGACGGCCACAGCCCACUGUUAGAAUCGACACUUGCAUAGUUGGCGACGACUCCACGUGCGAUCAAGCGCAGAAUGAGAAAUGCAGAACUGAAGCAGGCAUUUCCAGUUGCCAAUGCCGUCCUGGUUAUGCAAGAAGAAUACAUCGGGAUCCGUGUCGACGAGUUGUAUCGCUGCUCCUCAAUCUAAGAGUCGACCGGCUCUACGAUAGAAAGGUCGCGUGGGAUAUAAAAUUGUCAGACAAAGAAUCCGAACCUUACCAACAACUGAGUUUUGAAGCUAUUCGAGCUAUUGACUCGGCCUUUUCAAUGACACCGUUCUCAGAUGAUUUCGUCUCGGGAUCUGUAAAUUCAGUGUAUAAGGGCGAUGAAAAUAACCAAGGGGUGUUCGUCAACUAUACAGUACUGAUGCAAGAAACACCAGAGACACUGCGGUCGUCUAUCGCAACGGACAUACAGAAGCACUUGUUAGGUGUGAUACGGCGUCGUUCAAACAACGUUGGUGCGUCCGCUUUAUGGGUAGACACACCUGCUGGGAGUGUGUUACCAUUACGAGAUGUGGAUGAGUGCUCUUCACCAGAUUUGAACGAUUGUCAUAAGUUGGCAACUUGUACUAACACAUGGGGUGCGUUCAAAUGUUCUUGCCCGGACACGACUCUAGACCCAUCGGUCUCAGUGACCCGUGCGGGUCGCGAAUGUCGCGAAUGCAGCGCGUCACAUUGCAACGACAGGGGGGUCUGUCGGUAUAAUAAUGGACAGCCGUAUUGUAGCUGUUCCAGCGGUUACUACGGCUCCGGUUGCGAGGUAGAUGGUGAAGUGGUGGGCGUGGCUGUCGGUGCCUCUCUUGCAGCGGCACUUGUUAUCGCACUUACACUAGCAGCGCUUACCGCGUGGAGUCGCAAAUGGAACCGCGAACAAAAAGCCCUGGGUAUGGGGUCACCAGUUUUCAACUAUAUGACUGCGAAUACAGUUAAAACUCCACCAGUUGGUCAACCGCCCUAUCAGGUGACCUUAGAAGAGAGAAUGCGCUGGGCCCAAAUAGCUGAGGCGAUGGCCCAAGCCAACCACUACGCUCCGGAACACGCCCAAAUGGCGACAAGACCGUCGUCGGCCAUGUUUGGAUACCCCACGUUGCCGCCUGUGCCUUUACCCAGAAUGGGUUUGCACGGCCCACACACGGGUACCAUGAACACGAUCAAUUCAAGAAUGAAUACGUCAGCGUCACAUCAUAACCUAUAUGGUUAUACAAACCACAUGGCUGAAUCCACGAGCUCAGAUGCGUCCAGUCACGUUCAGGAUCGAGCUGAUCUUCUCGUGCCAAGACCCAAGUCAAGAGCUAGGAGUAUGCAUAACCAAACGGGAAUAUACUACGACGUCGAUUACGAGAACGCACCAGAACCGAUAUAUGGCACGAAGGGGAUUCCCCUCUCGACCUAUACUGUCAGCCGGGGACCCCCCUUUUAUAGAUAG